CACUGACCGUCGACUUCCGCACACAAGAACAUUCCAUGCGCUGACUGUGGGCGUACCCGUAAGCGGACGGACACCCGGCAUAAAAGACGGGAUUUGAGAUUUCCUUCCUACACUGCAAAUUAAUUUGACGGACAGACAUGGACGGACCGUUGAUGACUGCUGAUGACUGCAGGGCGUAUCACAAACUUACGCCGACACGCAGUGAGACCAAUCAAAAAAUCUGUGUGGCUGUCACUGCAGCCGUCAUGAUCAACACCCUGAUAUGCGCGUUUGUGGUCAUCUACGUCUCCAGUACGCAGGCAAAGGCAUCUCCUUCAGACAAAUUUGCAGAGACUUCCCCAAUGUGGCUAGAGAAGCAGACCCAACUGGUCAGCAAACCUGAACCACAUCGUGCUCACCUGAGAGCCUUUGGCCGGGGAGCGGAUGGACACGUCGUCUGGAGGCCCGUCUCCAAUUCCAACAUGGUGUACAACGAAACACGUCACAAGCUGGAAAUACCGAAGCAUGGCCUGUACAACAUCUACCUACAGGUGGUCUACCGUAGCAACGCGAGUAUACCCUGCAAAGAGCCGUUUCUCGUCUUGGAACAGAAAGUGAUGUGGAAAGGCAGCCUUUACAACGAAAAGCUAGCUAUUAUCACUGCCAUUGAGACUGUUCCCUGUGCAACAAAAAUCUGGUACAGAACUGUAAUCAGCAUGGCCCAACACGAGUUCAGGGAUGGGGAAAUAGAGGUGCAGAUUUUAAAACCUGGCUUUGUGGACAUGGGUGGAGAUGUGGCCUCGAAAACCUUCUGGGGAGUGUACCUACACACAGAUAUUUAUUAAGUGGUACACAGGGUUUCUUUUUCCUAAAACAGAACAGAAUAUUCUGUGUAUAGGCCAGGUGUACUACAUUGACAGACAUAUCAAAUAGAAAAAAAAACCUGUCCUGUAGAUGUCUGAAUGGCACAGUGAGUUGCUCAAUCUGCCUGUGAUACCAUCAAUCUUAAACCGAAACCGUUUGCACGGAAACAACAAUAUUAGUAAUUGAUUCAGUUUGACUUGCUGACGUUUGCUAAUUCACUGGCUAGCAUUUCGUGUGUGUGUGUGUGUACGUGUGUGUGUGUGUGUGUCUGUGUGUGUGUGCGUGUGUACACAUGAAUGCUUGUGGCAGGCGGAUCACAUAACAGUUGACUGGUGUGGUGCAACGAGUGGAUUGUCAUUGUCCUUGACAGUGUGGGUGUCAAUACUACCGGUGGAAGGUGUGCCAUGUGUGUAAACAGGCUGGGUAUGUGACGUCAGGCUUUGUCCCCAGGCACUGUAACUUAGUUCUGCAGACAUGUGAUGUUGAUUCAACACAAACUUUGAGUUGAAAUGUCACUACAAGAUUCGACAAGAUUUCGAGUGUUGAAUUAACACUUAAUAGCAGUUCAGGCGUCUUAGGUGUGUGUGGUAUUGGCAUGGGGACCCUGAAGCCCUUCUUUAUUUCCUGUCUAAACAUAAAGUUUGCAGAGACCAAAAGACUGUAUACUGUAUUUUGUGCCUUGAAAGUUGUUGGGAAAAUGUCAGUCAUUCGAGUUAUGAGGUAGCCUAAAGCUUAACGUUUGGAUUUGGUUAUAUUUGGAUCAUACAUAUGUGUAAAUGUCCUCUUAUUGAAUAGGAUGACGAAU